GCUCUGUCGGGUACAGAGCCUUGGGUGCGGUCCACAUACUGCCAGACGUGGUAUCGCAAAGUACCCGGCUUCUCGCCAACGGGCGGCAAGUCGGUGGUCUACAAGCAAUGUGAGAAGGGCAGCGUUCCUCAGGCAGGGAAGUGCGUGAAAGCAGAUGGCCCGGCCUCGAUGACCUUCUACCAGUACAGUGCUCAGAGCAAGUACGACCCCGACCGGCACUGGGAGAACAUGGACAUGGCCAGCCUGGGAGGUGUCCUGUUUUAUCUGCACAACGAGGUGGUGGGCAACAACGGCGAGCAGCUGGUGGACGGAAAGAGAACGACGAAGUUCUCGAUCGACCGCAUUGUCCGCUUCAAAGUCACUGUGCACAACACAGAUGCACUUUGGAAGCAGUUCCGCUCCCAGUUCGGACAGUUCAUCCAGUUCGACUACGGCCAGGCCACUUUCGGCAUGCCCAACCACGUUAAGAAAUGCAACGACAUUUGGACGAAGUUCGGCUUCGAAGUUGGCUGCCAGCCUGUGCCGGAGGGCACUUCAGGCUACGAAGGUGGCUACUGGACCUCCUACCCAGGAACCUGCCCCUCCAUGCCCUUCACCGACGAUUCGCCCCAGGGUGGUGCAAAGAAGACUGCGGCAUGCAAAGCGCAGUGGCAGGGAGGAGAGUGCCCCGAGCCUGAUGGCACGCCAGACUGCACCUGGCAUGUGGAGCCAGCUGGCUAUGUAAUGUUGGACGAGCUCACCGGUGUCAAUGCCGAGCAGGUGUUGAACGCAGGAGGCCAUCUCUACGAUGAGAUUCUGGAUGCGGGCACCGGUGGAGCGAAUAAUUUCUGGGCGAGAAAGAAGCUUGACUUGAAUGGUGCUGGUCAGGGGGUCUUCGGUUUGCAGCGUUGA